UUUAAAUUUUGAAUCAAAAAUAUCCGUUGUCGUUCGUGUUGACAAAUGAUUGUUUGAAAUCAACGGAAGACGUUUAAUUAAAGAAAAAUAAUCGUCUUUAUUUCGUGGGCUACGGGUAAAUUGGCGUUUACAUUGUGAUGAAUAAGAUGUCUCGAAUACCUAAAAUGCCACCGGUGACUGCUACAAAAGAAAACAAGCCAGGCUUGCCAAAUCGUCGUCCAUUGGCUAGAACCUUGGUCAGCACCCUGAGUGACGCUGACAAGAAGGAUCUUUUAAUUAAUCAUACAAAGCCUGCGCGCACUGGCCCUUCUGCAGUUGUUCCAGCUCAACGUCUCAAGAGAUCAGCAACUGCACCCUCUGCUGUUGCUGUUCCGCCUCCAAAAGUAAAUAAAGUUGAAAAGAAGGUGACUGUGGCUCCCAAAAUAGCACCAUAUGACUAUAAAGCAAGAUUUAAUGAUUUGCUAGGUAAGCACAAAAAUAUGAAAAGUGAAUUUGACGACCUGAAGGAAAAACACAUUGAAGUUUCUGACAGUUAUGAGAAGACAAAGGAUUCUGUGCAAAGCUAUGUGACUGAGAGGGAUAGAUUAAAAGAGAAUCUCUUGAAAUCUUUAUCAGAUUUAAGAGAAAAAACUGCAGAAUAUGACAGAAUGAAAGUAGAUUAUGAUAUUCAGAAAAUGGAAAAUGAAAACUUGCAGCGCAAAACUGUGUUAUUGGAUGAAAUCACCACUAGCCUGAAACAAAAGACAGCUGAACUAGAUAAGGUUCAGUCUGAAUUUGAUGCCUUAUCUCGACAACAUAAAAGUCUGCAAGAGGAGACAGAAGCACUGAGAGUUUUGACGGAUAGUCUUAAGAAGAUAUCUAUACAAUUUGACAAAUUGCAACUUGACUAUAAAGAAGCUCAAGAGACUAUUGCUAAAUAUAAGUCAGAAUCAGAAAUAUUGCACAAUAUUUUAGCUGCCAUGCAUAAAGAGCAGAGAGACCUAAGAAAUACUAUUCAAGAUUUGAAAGGUAAUAUAAGAGUUUACUGUAGAAUUAGACCUCCACUGGAAUCAGAACAAUCAAAGCCAAGGUAUAAUCUCAAUGUGCUUGAUUCUUGCUCUAUAGAAGUAGAAAAAGUUGAACUAAUGAAUUCCGUCAGAAAAGGAAAGCCACAACAUGGUUUCACGUUUGAUGGUAUUUUUACACCACAUGCAACUCAAGAAGAUGUAUUUGCUGAGGUUUCUACUAUGGUCCAAUCAGCAUUGGAUGGAUACAAUGUAUGCAUUUUUGCUUAUGGUCAAACAGGUUCUGGUAAAACAUACACUAUGGAAGGUGGCUGUGGAACUGAACAGUACGGAAUCAUACCAAGAGCUUUUAACAUGAUAUUCACAAGUAUGGAAGAUUUGAAACGCAUGGGUUGGGAGGUAACCAUAAAAGCAUCUUUCUUGGAAAUAUAUAACGAAAUUAUUUAUGAUUUGCUGAACUCCAGCAAGGAUCAAGUAACUCAUGAGAUAAAAAUGAGUGAUUCUAAAGGAACUGACGUGUAUGUAUCGAAUUUGAAGGAAGAGGAAGUUAAGAAUUCACAUGAUUUUAUCAGGCUGAUGAUAUUUGCCCAACGUAACAGACAAACAGCUGCUACUCUAAAUAAUGAGCGCAGUUCUCGAUCACACUCAGUCGCCCAAAUCAAAAUAUCGGCAAUACAUGAAAAACGUAAAGAGAAAUAUACAAGUAACCUGAAUUUGGUGGAUCUGGCUGGUUCAGAGAGUGGGAAAACCACACAGCGCAUGGAGGAGACAAAACAUAUUAACAGGUCUUUAUCAGAGCUGUCUAAAGUUAUCUUAUCACUGCAGACCAACCAGUCCCAUAUACCUUACAGAAAUUCUAAGCUCACCCACUUGCUGAUGCCCAGUCUAGGAGGCAAUUCGAAAACACUUAUGUUGGUAAAUAUCAAUCAAUUUGAUGAAUGCUUCAGUGAAACACUUAAUUCCUUACGUUUUGCCACGCAAGUAAAUAACUGUAGAGUUGUUAAAGCCAAGAAAAAUAUAACCAUGUUUGACUCAUAAUCCCCACCAUGAAACAAAAUGUUAUUUUUGAUAUUGACAUGAUCAGUUAUUAUUAAUUUUAUCUAGUUAUCUAAUAAAAUAGAAAAAAAGUUGUUUAAAACUUUAGGAAAGAGUAGUCAUAGUUAUUAUGAUGAUUUAAACCUGAAUUAUGGCUACAUUUUUUAGACAUAAAUAUUUUUCUUUUUCUCCUAUUGUUAGCUUUUAUGUUUUAGAGGUGUUUGUACACCGCUUUAAUCAGUAAUUUGACUAAAAUAGUGUCUGUUUUAUUUAAUUUUCAAUAGCUUUACGUCAAACAAUUAUGUUAUAUUUAGUUUUCUGUGUAAUUGUAUUGUUUAUUG